AUGGCAGCGGACAUGCUCGCCGUCACGGCCCCGACCUACUGCGACCCAUCUCGGUAUGAGCUCUCUACUAUACCACGACCAAGAAUCACAGAGCCGACGGAUGUGAUUAUACAGGUUCAUGCAGCGAGCAUCAAUCCUGUGGAUGUGAAGAAGGCGGACGGGGUGUUUAAGCUGGCAGUCAAGGAACAAUUCCCAUACCAAAUCGGAUACGACGCUGCAGGUGUGGUUACAGAGAUUGGAGAUGGGGCUCAGAAAUUCAAAGUUGGGGACGAGGUUUAUACGCGAUUGCCCGAGGUUGGUAGAGGUUCGUGGAGUGAAUACGUGAAAUGCGCCGAGUCCUAUGUUGCUCUCAAGCCCAAGAAUCUCUCAUUUGGCGAAGCCGCCUCCCUCCCACUUGCAGGCGUCACAGCGCUGCAAAUCUUGCGACAGUACAAGGGAUCGCUUGAGGGUAAAACCGUCUUUAUACCCGCCGGUUUGAGCGGCACGGGUGCAUUUGCGUGUCAACUUGCCAAAAACGUCUUCCACGCCGGCAAGGUCAUCACUACGGUUUCUACGUCCAAGAUUUCAAAGGUUCCCGAACUCCUCGGCCAAGGCGUAGUAGACCAGAUUAUCGACUACACGAAAAACGAUCCGGUAGAUGUCAUCCCUCCCCGGUCUGUCGACUUUCUCUUCGAUACCACCGGCCAAGCCAUGCAAUUUCUUUCUCUCAUGGUUCCUUCCACUAGCCUCAUCGCCUCCAUCUCCACGAAGCCGUCUGCGACAACCCUCCAAGGAUCGAGUGUCAUGAAGCGGCCUGAUAAUCCUCGUAUCCCGCUGUUCGGGCGCCUGUUCCUCGAUGCGGGCGACAUGGCACGUAAGCUGCGAGCCCGGCGCUGGGGCGUGGAGUAUAUGUACUGGUUCUUGGACCCGAAUGGCGAAGACCUGGAUACCCUGAGGGGGUACGUGGAGGAGGGGAAGUUGGUGCCCGUGGUGGGUGCGACUGUGGACCUGAGGGACAUCGGAAAGGUGCGAGAGGCGUGUAUGAUAGUUUAUAACGGAAAGGGCGGAUUGGGGAAGACAGUCUUUGAGGUUAUCCAGGGGUAG